AUGGCGGAGAACAAGAACGACCAAAAGAAGGGGGACACCAAGGCUGCACCCGCACCACCAGAGAAGAAGAACCUCCCUCAGCUCGGCGCGCUCGAGGAUGACGACGAGUUUGAGGAGUUCGCCGCCGCGACUGACACCACGACUGUCGCGGACACGUUGACGGCGAACCUGACCGAGCAGCUGUGGGAGGACAACUGGGACGAUGACGAUGUCGAGGACGACUUCCAGAAGCAGCUGCGCCAGGCGAUCGCCGAGCGCGCAGGCGGCGACGCCGAGAUGAAGGAAUAG